UGGCUGCCUUUGCAUCACGGUUAGUGUUGUUGUCUCAGCUGUCUAAUAUAAUAUCUAGAAGCGAAAAUGUAGACUUAUUUUGGUUUAUUAUUUAAGUUCGUUUUGCAAGUUCCAAAAAUUUUUACUUUUCAACGAGAUAAGUAUAUUCAGAUAUGACAGUAAGUCUAGUUCCUACAAAAACUCAAAUUGCCUCAAAACCAUAAAAACUCAAAACCAUAAAAAUAUAUUCAUUGAAGUCAUUGAAAGGAUAAAAGACGAAGGAUCUAAAAAUCUAAAUAUAUAGAAAGUGUAACACAAAUAAAUUUUACGUUUAAUCAUUCAUUUAAGGAAUAUUUUAAAUAUGAUUUGAAAUAUUUUGUCAUUGUAACUAAAUCUAUAAUAACAUACUAUGAAUGCAGUUACUCUGAUUAUAAUAUUAUUUCUUGGAGAAUUAUGUUGUGCUACUCUAUCACCUCCAGUAAAAAGAAUGAAAAAGAGAAAAAAAAGACUAACAAUAAGUUACAUCAGGGUCCUGUAAAUCGAGAUGUUUUUCAAAGAAACUUAGUAGUAGAAAAUCCUAAACAGCAAGAUAUUCUUCAUGAAUCUGGUCGAUAUUUUCAAGAUACAAAGCAUAGAAGAUUUAAAAAAGAUGUGUUAGGGUAUUGUACUCCUUGGAAUACGGAUGGAUUUAAAGUUUCUAAAACAUUUCAUGGCAAAUUCACAAUGAUAUCACCAGUAUGGUUGUCUUUGUCUUUUGGUAACAUGUCAACUUAUCAAUUGGCUACUGAUUCUGUACAGACUAAAUGGAUAAAGGAAAUGAGAAUUAAUAAUAAUGCUAAUCAUAGUGUGAAGCUUGUACCUCGAGUAUUAUUUGAACGUUGGUCAAUUGAUGAUAUUAUUAGGAUAUAUAAUAAUACAGAAAGCAAAACACAAUUAAUAAUAUCACUUGUGGAUGCUGCCCAGACUUUCCAUUUUGAUGGAUAUGUUUUAGAAAUAUGGAAUCAAUUCAUAUUUGCAGGUGCAAACUUAUCAAUUGUUACUUCUAUAGUUAGAUUCAUUGCACAGAAGUUAAAAAAACAUGAUUUGGAUAUUAUAUUAGCAAUACCACCAUUUAGAGGUGCACAAGUUGAAUUAUUUUCGAAACAACAAUUUGAUGACUUAGCAUCAUAUGUAAAUGCCUUUUCUCUAAUGACUUAUGAUUAUUCGAGUAUUCAAAGACCAGGCCCAAAUAGUCCUAUAAAUUGGGCCAGGCAAUGUGUCGAACUAUUAGUUCCAAAGAAAGAUGAUCCGAAACGAUCUCAGAUUUUAUUAGGUAUUAAUUUCUAUGGUUACAUUUAUACAUCAGAAGGUGGUAAAGCAAUUCUUGCAUCCGAAUAUUUGGAUAUAUUGAAAUCAUUUAAAGGAAAAAUCCAAUGGGAUGAUAGCAGCAAGGAGCAUUUUUUUAAAUCAAAAUUAUCUGUGGAUAAUGGGUAUGUUUUUUAUCCUACAUUAUAUUCGAUUAAAGAAAGAUUGGAUCUCGCUAAUGAAUUAGGUACAGGGAUCUCAAUAUGGGAAUUAGGCCAAGGAUUGAAUUAUUUUUAUGAUUUACUGUGAAUUGUCUAUUAUUUUCACUUGAAUGGAGUUUGUUAAAUAAAACAUGUGCAGAAAUGCAUAUAUGUAAGAGACUAAAAGAAUAUAUAUACUUCAAUGUUUAUAAAAAAAUUUGAUAUUGAUAAAAAUAUAAUCUAUUUUAGUUUUGUGUAACUUUACUGCUCGCAUAUAUAUUUAUAAUUUGUUAUACUAUCAUCACUUGAGGUCUUCCUUGAUUCCCGACCUUUGAAUGUCAUCAUAAUUUGUGGUCCUUUUACAAUGUGAUAUAUUAAUGCCCAGUUCAUUUUAACUGGUAAUAAACUGAAACAUUAAAUUUUA